AAAUCAGUCCUUUAAGAGAUUGUUCAGAAAAAAAAAAAUCAGUCGUUUAAGAUUCUUUUUUUGUUUUUUCUACUUCUCACUCCGUACCAUCUCUCAGUCUCAGCGGGAACAGAGAGCAAGAAAAAGAAAAGCAUACCAAAAUCCUUUCAAAAUAUAUUUCAGAAUUUUCUCUCUUCCUCCAUUGACAUUUUGUAUUUAGGGUUAUAACUUCUCCAUGUGUUAAAGUGGAAGAGGAAAAAGAGAUGCAUAGCAAGGUUAAAGCUUGCGCACAAUGCACUCGCUCGUGUUGGUUGAUUCAUGAAGGGAAACCUGCUUGUUCUGCUUCCUCUUUUCUCAAAAUAAUGUUUGAUAUGCAAGAAUUUGAAUGCCCGUUUUUGCCUCCAAAGUUUGUUAAAGAGUUAUCAUUAGUGGCUGGUCAGAAAGCUAUUCUUGAAGAUGCAUAUGGGGAGCAAUGGGAUGUGAGAAUUUCCAGAGUUAAAGGCUCUCUUGCUUUUGAACAAGGAUGGAGUAAAUUUGCAUCGGAUCAUGAUUUGGAACUUGGUGAUUUUGUUUUGUUUCUUCACAUAACAGAGACUCAUCUUGCUGUUAAGAUUUAUGAUAAAACUUCAUGUGAGAAACUAAAAUUUCCUCAGAGAUCAAGCAUCUUGACUAAGAGGAAAAGAGAUUUAACUACAACUUCUAGUGGGAGAAGUGGUCCAUUUGGUACCGCUGAUGGAAAUUCCAUUGACCGUAAUGGUAUUGGCACCUCUUUUAGUUCUCGUGGGACUGCAAAAAAUGUUAGAGGCAGAAAUGAAGUGAUUGAUGUAGUGAAAGAACCCAUUGUCUCACAAAACAAGUCUCUUUGGGAUUAUAAAAAUGAAAUUUCUCCAGCAGCCCGCAAAGUAGAAUAUAUUGAAGAAACAUGCUGUAUAAUGAAUAGAGAAAAAGAAGAAGAGGAUCAAAGAGGUCACUUGGAUUUGUCUGUUCUUGAAACGUUGAACGAUGCUGGCAGCCAAAGAAACCACAAAGAGUCCUUAACAGCUGAAAGAUUUCCUAAGCUAUUUGAUUCUCAAAUGAGAUCUCAAAAGGCCGCUUGCUUGCCUAAUAAAGAUCUAGUGACCAGGGCUCAAGAGAUAUUAAAUGCAGCAUCCCCUUUACAUUCAUCAAAUUGUGAGAAAAAGGGAUCUUUUUCUUUCAAAGAUUAUUCUAAUGUAAAGACCUCUGGUACUCCCAUACCAUCGUCUGUAGUUAAUCCUUUCGAAAAUGGAAAGAACACUUUUAAUAUGUCAAAUAAAGGAACAAAAGAGUGCCUGGUUGCUACAGCUGCAGGAAACAAUCAGGUUUCACAACCCAAAGAACAGAAUUGGAACAAUGAGCAUCCUACUGCCAAAAAUCACGUUCAGGGAACCCCAGUUACUUCUAGUAAACUAAUGAAGAUCACUAAAGAAGAGCCUGUGGAGAUUGAAUCAGACCCUGAGGAACCUGCUCAAAAACUAUCUAGAACAUCAUUUCAGAUGACAAAUGGUUUUGGUGUAAGUAAAGAUGAUAAGGUUCAGCCAGUGGUGAAAACUGAAAAUUUUGAUUUCGAUGGAGGUCCUACAACCAGUUUUUCCCCUGUUCUGGCGACAAACAGUAAAGCUUUCAUUGAGUUGCCAGAACGUCUGCCAUUUCCCGUUGUGAAGGGUAAGUAUGGGUCGGAAAGGAAAUUAGUAUAUUUACGCAGCUCUUCUUCACAAUUGUGGCCAGUGAUUUACCAUGAGAAACUUAAUGUGUUUGUUAUAUCAAAUGGUUGGGAAGCUUUUUGCAAGGCAAAUGGCAUUCAGCCUGGAGAUAAAUGUCUUUUCAAGGUUGUAAGUAAGUCUGAAGGCACAUAUUCUGUAAGUGUUGUUAGACAAUAGGAACUAACUAGGAAGAUAACUAAGUUCUUUUGUACAUCAUUGGUACUUUAUGUAUCUGAUCUAAGACUUUGUGGUACAAAGCUUAUGGCAAGCCCUUUUUGUGAAUAGUCCUAACAAAUGUAAAGGCUAGUUUUGUUGACAAAAUGCCUACCUCAAGGAUAAAUGAAACUUAAUGAAAUUUCUUGUAGUAGAAAGAU